AUGACCCAAAAGCCAAACAUGAGUUCCGCCGCUGCAUCCGCCCGGAAGAGUGCCUUGGCCAUGGAAACCGGCCGGAUUGAUUGGAAGGAAGCCUUCCUCUUUUUCUACUGGGAUGCCAAGAAACUCCGCACUCGCCCCAAGGAGGGCCACAUUAUUGACAGGUUGAUUGUCGAGUUCUUCCAGCAGACGAGGCCAUCCAUGGCGGACGAGGGUCCCGUCCUCAACUGGGAUAUGACCCUGUUUAGGCUCAUGAAUGCGUUACGCAGACAGCUCGGCUUCGACACCACAUCCGAGGUCACUCCAUCAACCUACCUUUUUCUCAGCCACAUCGAUCCUCGAGACACUUGGAACAAGCCACCAUUUGUAGACUGGGUGCGCCUCGAGACUGAAAGCCAAAUUCUAUUCACGUACGCGAAUAACACAAUUACCCGGUUUCUCGAUCAUCUCGUUAUUGAAGCCUACGGGCGGCAGCGAGCACCGUGGACGUUGUACAACCCGUACCUGAAAACUUUUCAAGAGGCCCACGACCUUGAAGACUGGAGCGUACCUUUGCCAUUCGGCCACGCAGCUGAGAUGUUAUCGCAUAUUUCAUGGCCAGAGGGCUCCCUGAUCGCGGAUAGCGCCGGGCUUGUACACCCCCAGACCCACGAGAUCCGUUUCGACAUCUCCCUCGGGUCAUCUCACCGCUCUGCCGUACUCGGCUUUCCCAUCGAUGAAUUGACGAACCAUCGGAUAAUGAACCUUACAAAGCGCUACUACACGGCCAUGCUCCUUUGGGUGGCUGAGAUGACCACGGGAGGGGCGUUUGAGUCCCUCCCUGGCCUGUUGAUCGCCCAAUUCAAGGGUUGGGUGAAGGCAAAUGAGGACGAAGACAACGACGAAUCUUUGGCUGUGGCGAAGAGCCUUUGGGAAGCGUACAGAAAGGUCGGCUUGCAACCAUUCUAUGGCGAUGUCAAUAGUGCCUCUAGCGGAUCGUCAAGCCGUCCAUGGGCUGAUGUAUCCUCUGAAAAUUUCGUGGAGACAAAGAAGCCGUCUGGGAGUGGUUAUUUCCAAGUGAAAGAAGGGGCCGAGUUGCCAUUGGAGCUCCGCAUCCAGUCUCCUAGUGACAAGAAACAUUACUUCAAGAACCUCUAUUUCAGAGGCCAUGACGAGGACGAGGAUCUGAGGCAAAACCUUCCUGGCGACCAGUCACUCUAUGGCCCACGGCAAUAG